AUGGGGGUGUCACAAACCACAGUAUGUAGAUGGAAGAAGAGCAUAGUCAUAAGGAAGCACACAAACACAAUCAAACCAACUUUGAAUGAGAAUAACAAGCUACACAGGUUAAGUUUUGCGUUAUCUAAAUGUGAAUAUGAUGAACAUAAUGAUGCAUUCAAGUUUCAACCAUACACUAAUGUUGUUCACAUAGAUGAAAAACACUUCUAUCUAACCCGAGAGACACAGACUUAUUAUCUAGCUCCGGGUGAAAUAGGCAUUUGGCCAUUUAUUACACAGAAGCCAGCAAAAAGAAGCUCCAAGAACAGGAAAAGGGGGGAGUUGGAAACAAAACCAAUACAAUCAAUCAUGAAAGAACAUAUUAGAGCAAUGCUUAUCACUAAUGUGCUGCCAACCAUAAGAGCAAAAUGGCCUGAAGGAUUGUCAAAGCAUAUUUACAUUCAACAAGACAAUGCCAAACCACAUAUAGCACAUAAUGACAGAGAAUUUUUAGAAGAGGCAAUGAAAGAUGGGUUCUACAUUCAACUAGUUCAACAACCAUCAAAUUCCCCUGACAUGAAUUAUCAAAAAGCUGCUUACAAUGUAACACAGUUACUUAGGGCUGUGAAUAAUGCUUUUGAGAAUCUAAGUCCACAGUGUCUUAAGUUUGUAUUCAUCACAUUACAAGCAUGUAUGAUAGAGGCGAUGAAAAGAAAGGAGGAUUCGACUAUCACAUUCCUCACAUGA